AUGAUCAGAGGGAUACAUCCUGUUUAUCAGGCAUUGCUUGCUGCUUGUUUCACAUGGGGAGUUACAGCUUUAGGAGCGUCAUUAGUCUUUGUUAUGAAACAUCAGAGUAAAAAAUUACUUGAUGGCAGUUUGGGUUUCGCAGCGGGUGUGAUGACUGCAGCUUCAUUUUGGUCAUUACUUGCUCCAGCAAUUGACUUCGCUGAGAAAGAUCACGGAUCUUUCGCUUUUAUCCCAGUGGGUAUUGGCUUUGCUCUUGGAGCCACUUUUGUUCAUUUUGCUGAUCGAAUGCUUCCUACUUGCGUCUUAGCUGAAGCGAGCGUCGUUGAUGUUCUGGCUCCUUCGAAAACAGAAACAGAAUUGGCACUUGUUGGAGACGAUAACACUCGCCGACCUCCUUCAGAAGAUAGAGAAAUAGGGGAAGAUCAUCCCAUUCAAAUCUCAAGAGGAGAUCGGGACAUAACAGUAACUCGAAUUGACGAUGAAACUAGAACUUCUUGGAGAAGGAUUGUUUUGCUUAUCUUAGCUGUGACAGUUCACAAUAUCCCAGAGGGUCUUGCUGUUGGUGUAGGCUUUGGAUCAGUAGGGAAAACUGAAGCAGCCACUUUUGAAACAGCUUUCAAUUUAGCAUUAGGUAUUGGACUACAAAACUUUCCUGAGGGUCUUGCUGUUUCGCUUCCACUUGCAGCCUUCGGCCACUCAAAGCUUAAAGCUUUCUGGUACGGACAGUUAUCCGGUAUGGUAGAGCCUAUCGCUGCAUUGUUUGGAGCAGCUGCUGUUAUUUUCAUGGAGCCCGUUCUUCCAUACGCUCUCGCUUUUGCUGCUGGUGCUAUGAUCUAUGUUGUGAUGGAUGAUAUAAUACCUGAAGCUCAAAGAAACGGCAACGGAAAAUUAGCAUCUAUUUUAUGUAUCGUUGGAUUUUUGGUGAUGAUGAGUCUGGAUGUUGGCCUCGGAUAG